CACUGAUAAUUCAGCAGCUGAGGAACUCAGCAAAGCCUGCUCCAAACUUCUCAGCUGUUGACAGGCUUGACUUGCUGAGAACACUGGUUAAAUAUAGCACAAGCGAGCUGAGCUCAACAAAGUCAUUGCUGUAACACUGUGUGAAGAGACCAGAAGAGGGGAAAUACAAUCUGAGAACUAAACUGCCAAAGCCUAACACCACCUAGCAACAGUUGAAAAAACUUUUAAACAAAAGUCUGGGUGAGACACAGACAGAGUAUACCUCCUACUUCUCCUGCCUGGGAUUUCUGCGAGAAGCAGCUCCGGUCUCCUGUUCUCCACCUUUUUCCUUCCUUACUUCAACUGCUGGUAGACCCAGAAAAGUGGGAAAAGCUUCUAUAUUUGUACUCUCCUCAGCUGGAUCACUCUACUCCUGUGGUAGUGCUGUGGGAAGGGCUACUGUGAUCUUGCAAGUCUAAAGGAUAUAUCCCUAGGUCUGUGUUGCUGACAGGGAGCAGCAGGGACCCCAGCCAGCCUCAGGUGGGAGCAGCAGAGGAUGGCACAGGGACAGCUCCACCCUCGACUCCCUCCUCCCCACUGCGGACCUAGGUUCUAGUGAAGCCCCUGCCCUGGGAGCAUCCCUGCACACAGGCAGGGAUGAGAUCCCGAAACCAAGGUGGAGAAAGCUCGUCUAACGGGCACUUCUCCAGUUCCAAGCCUGUCAUCAGCCAUGCAGAGAAUGAAAAACUUCAGGAGGAUGCCAAGAAAAAGAACAAACCUCAUCGGAAGGAAGAUGAGGUCAUGGUUUCAGCAACUGUCAAACGGCACUCAAAAUCACCUGGUCCUAGUGAGAGAAAGAACAAGAAGUCCAUAGAGCUCUCUAAAGAAGACUUGAUAAAACUGCUCAGUAUAAUGGAAGGAGAAUUGCAGGCAAGGGAGGACGUGAUCCACAUGCUGAAGACAGAGAAAACCAAACCUGAAGUUUUAGAAGCUCAUUAUGGGUCUGCAACUCCAGAGAAUGUGCUUCGAGUGCUACACAGGGAUGCCAUCCUUGCCCAAGAAAAAUCCAUAGGGGAAGAUGUCUAUGAGAAACCAAUUUCAGAGCUGGACAGGCUUGAAGAGAAGCAGAAGGAGACGUACCGGCGCAUGCUGGAGCAGCUCCUGCUGGCAGAGAAGUGCCACCGCCGCACCGUUUACGAGCUGGAAAACGAGAAACACAAACACACGGAUUACAUGAACAAGAGCGACGACUUCACCAACCUCUUGGAACAGGAGCGGGAGAGGUUGAAGAAACUUCUUGAGCAAGAGAAGAUCUAUCAAGCCCGGAAGGAGAAGGAGCAUACAAAGAGAAUCAAUAAACUAAGAGAAGAACUAGUCAAGCUCAAAUCAUUUGCACUCAUGCUGGUGGAUGAAAGACAAAUGCAUAUUGAACAACUUGGUCAACAAAGCCAGAAAAUACAGGAUUUAACCCAAAAACUAAAGGAAGAAGAAGAAAAGCUUAAACUUAUUAGUGCAAAAGCAAAAGAAGAUGGACAAAAACUGAUGAAAUUAGAGGCAGAACUUGAACACAAAACGUCAUCAUUUUGUCAAGAACAUGAGGAGAUGACUGCUAAACUGGCUAAUCAAGAGUCACAUAAUAGACAGCUAAGGCUCAAGCUAGUGGGGUUGACUCGCAGAAUAGAGGAGCUAGAAGAAACUAACAAAAAUCUUCAAAAAGCUGAGGAGGAACUUCAAGAACUGAGAGAUAAAAUAGCAAAAGGGGAAUGUGGGAACUCUAGCUUAAUGGCAGAAGUGGAAAACCUCCGAAAACGUGUGCUUGAAAUGGAGGGGAAAGAUGAAGAGAUCACAAAAACUGAAUCUCAGUGCAAGGAGCUGAAAAAUAAACUGCAAGAGGAAGAGCAUCAGAGCAGAGAGUUGAAGCUUGAAGUGGAAAAACUGCAGAAAAGAAUGACAGAAUUAGAGAAGCUGGAAGAGGCUUUCAGUAAAAGUAAGUUGGAAUGCACUCAGCUACACUUAAACUUGGAGAAAGAAAAAAAUUUGACUAAGGAUUUGAUAAAUGAGUUGGAAGUGGUGAAGACUCGAGUGAAGGACCUUGAGACAUCCGAAAGCAAGUUGGAAAAGGCUGAAAUAAGCUUAAAAGAUGACCUUACGAAGCUGAAGUCAUUUACUGUGAUGUUGGUUGAUGAGCGAAAAAAUAUGAUGGAAAAAAUAAAACAGGAGGAAAAAAAGGUUGAGGGCCUAAACAAGAAUUUUAAAGUUGAACAAGGGAAAGUUAUGGAUGUAACAGAGAAAUUGAUAGAAGAAAGUAAGAAAUUUUUGAAACUGAAAUCUGAAAUGGAGGAAAAAGUAUCUAGUUUGACAAAGGAAAGGGAUGUGUUAAUUGGCAAACUGAGAAGUGAAGAAGAGAAAUCAUCUGAAUUAAGCUGUAGAGUUGACCUGUUAAAGAAAAGAAUUGAUGGUAUGGAGGAAGUAGAAAGAGAAAUUACAAGAGGUCGAACUAGGAAAGGAGCAGAGCAUGGUUGUCAUGAGGACAACAAGAUAAAGGAACUUACCAUUGAAAUAGAAAGAUUGAAAAAACGUCUCAAACAACUGGAAGUGGUUGAAGGAGAUUUGAUGAAGACUGAAGAUGAGUAUGAUCAGCUAGAGCAGAAAUUUAGGACGGAGCAGGAUAAAGCUAAUUUUCUUUCUCAACAGUUGGAGGAGAUGAAACUCCAGAUUGCCAAAACGAAAGCAAUAGAAAAAGGUGAAGUAGUGAGCCAGGAGGCAGAGCUGAGGCACAGAUUUCGUCUGGAGGAGGCCAAAAGCAGAGACUUGAAAGCGGAAGUUCAAGCACUGAAGGAAAAAAUCCACGAGCUCAUGAACAAAGAAGACCAGCUUUCUCAGCUCCAAGUCGAUUAUUCAGUUCUACAGCAAAGGUUUAUGGAAGAGGAGAACAAAAACAAGAGCAUGGGGCAGGAAGUUUUGAACCUGACCAGAGAGCUGGAGCUUUCUAAGCGUUACAGCCGCGCCCUGAGGCCCAGCAUGAACGGGAGAAGGAUGGUUGAUGUUCCCGUCACAUCCACCGGCGUGCAGACAGAUUCCCUCAGCAAUGAAGCAGCAGAAGAAGAAACUCCAGCAGUGUUUAUAAGGAAAUCCUUCCAGGAGGAGAAUCAUAUCAUGAGCAAUCUGCGACAGGUGGGUCUGAAAAAACCCAUGGAGCGUUCUUCAGUGCUUGAGCGAUACCCUCCAGCAGCAAAUGAGCUUGCUAUGAGGAAAUCCUGGAUCCCAUGGAUGAAAAAGAGGGAAGCUGGGGCUCAGACAACUCCUGAGAAAGGAGCCCGAACCCACACUAGUCCAGCACAUCCUGGGGAGGUUGUCCUUUCACCAAAGCAGGGUCAACCUCUUCAUAUUCGGGUGACACCAGACCAUGAGAACAGUACAGCGACUUUGGAGAUAACCAGUCCAUCCGCCGAGGAAUUUUUUUCAAGUACCACUGUCAUUCCUACACUGGGAAAUCAGAAGCCACGAAUAACCAUCAUUCCCUCUCCAAAUGUCAUGCCACAGAAAGGAAAAGGCAGUGAAAGUCCCAUGGGCCCAGAGCGCUGCAUGUCUCCAGUCACCAUAACGACGUUCUCCAGGGAGAAGUCCCCAGAGGGAGGGAGGGCACCCUUCGCUGACAGACCCACAUCGCCAAUCCAGAUCAUGACGGUGUCGACGGCUGCGGCGCCGGCAGAAAUCUCCGUCUCUCCGCAGCCACAGGACAUGACCAUGGGAAGGGCUGUCUUCAAAGUCACGCCAGAAAAGCAAACCGUCCCGACUCCCAUCCGCAAGUACAAUGCCAACGCCAACAUUAUUACCACAGAAGACAACAAAAUCCACAUCCACCUGGGCUCCCAGUUCAAGCGCUCCCCCGGCGCCGCCCCCGACGGCGCGAGCCCCGUGAUAACCGUGCGGCCGGUGAGCGUGGCAGAGAAGGAGGUGGUGACCGGCACUGUCCUCCGGUCACCCCGGAGCAGCCUGUCCCCGCGACCUGCAGCCAGCAAGGUGACAAGUACUAUCACCAUCACGCCUGUCACAACAUCUGCCACUCGAGGAACACAAUCAGUGACAGGACAGGACGGGUCAUCCCCGAGACCUACACCCACCCGCAUUCCUGUGUCAAAAGGUAUGAAAGCAGGAAAGCCAGUAGUGGCAGCCCCAGGAGCAGGAAAUGUGGCAAAACUCGAGCCUCGUGCUGAGACUCAGUCUAUGAAAAUAGAACUGAAGAAAUCUUCAGCCAGCAGCUCUGCCUCCCUGGCAGGGGGUCAGGGCUGAUGGCAGUGGCUCAGGGGGUACGUUCUGCAGGUUUUACUGCUGCCAUGGAAGUCAGCUCCCCUGUCUGUGUAGUUGUUCACGUUUGCCUGUACUAACAAAGCCCUGCAGCUGCCACUUAACAACGAACUAAUAAGUGUGUGCACUGACUACUUAAAUAACAAAAUUAUUUAGUUUUCUUACUCAAGUUAAAAAAAAAACAAAAACAAAAAAAAAACUGUCAAAAAGACAAUUUUAUGCCAGGAAGAUUUUUCAGUCUAGGAAGUGAGAAUGGGGUAACUGCACUAGGUUAUUAAUCUAGUUCAGGUUAGGAAUUCUUAAUGAUAGACUUGGUCACUUUUUAGUAGAUCAAAGGAAGUUUGGUCACUUUUACUAGCUUGUUUUCCACCUUAAGGGGUCACUUUCCACCUUUGCUGCUGCACGGUCUGCUUUCCUUCCUGCCUUGAUCACAUUUCUGAAAUGCCACAUGGGCUAGGGAAGCAAUGCCAGAAGACUUGCCAUGCACAUGUGAGGUCCUGUUUUAAUGAAAGCCAGUUCCUCCUGUGUGGGAGGGGAGGAGAAGAAGGAUGGGCACCGUGUGACCAUGUGGCCUUCCCUCUAGGAGCCUCCCAUCAAAAUCACCAUUUUUCAGCCCUGAGAUGCUUUCUCAAGAUAGUUACUAAAUUCAAGGGCAUAGGGAUGUUGCACAAUGUUUGGCAGCAACUUAAUUCUUCCAGGGGGAGUUAACACUUGUAGACAACACUUAGAACCAGGUCCCUGACUUACACACACUGGAAUUCUGCGAGCUCAGGGCUCAGGUGAAGGCUUGUAAGCCAGAAGGUGUUUAGUCUUCAGCAAAAGCUUGAGAAACCCUAUCUGGCAAAAAUUAAUACAAUCCAUUUGUGCCUGCUCCAAAGACCAGUAAAGGCUAUGAAGCAACUCAUUCCAUUGACUGACUAAGUUCCAGUUUUCCUGGUUGGGUCUUACAUUUAAACCUUACUUGCCAAGCACCUUUAUGUCUUAGAGGGUACAGUCAGCACAUACUGCUGAUGGCAGGAAUUGCUACCUAAAGGCACAGCUCAGGUACAGACAGUGAAAGACAGAGGGUUUGGUAGGGAAAUUACUCUCAGUUUUCAGUUAUUUAAAAUAUUUUGACAUAAAAUGCAGACUGCCUUACAAUACCAUGGUCAUCCAUCGUUUUUCCUUCCCUUUUUGUGAUUUCCUCAUCUGUAUGUUUGCAUUUUUUAAGCAUGUUUUAAGGAAUUUUUCCAGCAUGGAAGUAGUGUGGAUACUGAUGAUUGUUAUGAUUGUUUAUUUAAUAACAGUGGCGUUAUUAAAGUGCAUUUCUAUUAAGCAAUCAAUUCUCACAGAAGAGGCACAACCAAAAGAAUGAAGCUGAGCAGACCAAUAAAUGAUGGGUUUAAGGUUGUAUAUGCUUCAACCACCUCACCAAGCUGUGAAGGGCCCAGUGGUUAAAACAGAAAACAAGGUGGGAAGACCACCAAUAAAUUAUAAGUAAAAUUCACAGAAAGGAAAAUGCACCAGUGGUUGAACUGUGAAAUUUGGCCUGGGAGAAGAUACUUGAUGGAAGACUCUGUCACUGAAGGUCAACAAAAUUGUAUUCAAUCCAAGCAAUGUUUAGUUUUCCAUCUGCUUUGCCAUUGCUCUAGAAUUUCAGAUCCAGACACACAACAAUUAUCUUACUGUAAAGCUAGCAUUUUUUUAUCCACAUGAAGGGCAUUUUUCUUUGCUACAUAAGAAAAAGUAGUUUGUUUUUUUUUAUAUAUGUGUAGCACCUAAAAUGCCUGUUAAUUUUAAGGUUCUAGUUCCUAUGAGAUCAAAAAAUCAGAUUAUUAUUAGUAGCAUUUUUUCAUAACUCCUAUCCCCAGUACUUCAGAUAAAACUUAGAAACUGGAAUUAGCAAGAAAUGUGAGUUAUUAUAUCAGAAAUACAUCAGAUCCUCUCAAGUAAUUAUUAUCAUUUAAAAGCCUCAGUAUGUCAACAAAUUGUUGCUGAGAUCUUACUGUUCAUAUUGUAACACAGGCAUUUUAACAGAUAUUUAAAUGGAAAAAAGGGUUUUUUUUUCUGGAUAUUCACUCUAAAUCCUGUUACUGAAGGAAGCUGUAAGGUCAAACCAGUCAAAUAAUAUUGCAAACAUGAUCCCCAAGCUAAUGUGGCUUGAUACAGCUGCCUUAAGCUUUCCAUGUGUCAAAGAAACUUAGUUAACUGUCACCAUACUCAGUGUUCUAUGUAUGGCUGUGGUUGAAAAUCUUGUUUUUGUUUGAGGUCUAAGAAACGAAUUCACCUGAAGAAACAAGGCAGCCUCACAGUACCUGAAAUCUAGGGCACACAAAUUGGCACAGCUGGAGCCAGAGCUGCAGGUACAUGCUGGGAGCUGCUGCUCUAGAGUCAGUAGGAUUUGAUGAGAGAGACUUUAGAAAUUCCAGAGAGGUCAGACUUAGGAUCCUGAUAUUUUUCUCCAGGGGCUGCACAACUAAAAGAGACUUUUGCUCUGUAGCAGAAGUCUAGAAAGUUGGAAUUGGGCAGCUGGUUAAACUGUUAGCUAAAAACAGGUAUUUAGUUACACUCAAAACUUUUGACAUCUGCUUUAAUUGACCUAAUAUUCUUGUUUCCUAAAGGUAGAAGAAGUCCAGAAGUCUUAAAAGUUCAAGCCUUACUAUUUGUGUUACAUUGAAAUUUCCUCUGAAUCUGAAGACAGUUAGUUAAGUUUAGUGACUAGUAAGAUUCUCCAUUCAGUAGGUCAGCUCCAAAAGGCAAUUUAAACAACCAAGUUUAAAAACAGAGCCCAAUCCCAAGAGGCAUCAUGAAGACCUUCUUGAUGUUCUUCCACAGCCCUUGUCUAGUCAGUGUUUCUACUCUGACUUAAAUAUAGCACUGCACCUCUGUACCUCACUGAUCCUUAAUGCAGGUAUUCUGGUAUUUCCUCUGAGCCUUUUAAGUUCAAGCCAUGAUUUCAUGGUCACUUAAAGUCAGGCUUUAACUCCACACUGGACUGAAAAGCUGUAGUCCUGUCUUUGUCACCUCCAGCCAAGGAAGUACUCACUGACUAUGUGGCUGUCCUCUGAGCUGGCACAAGUGUUUGAACUUAACUGGGGAACUGAUCUGAAUUAAAAGGAAUGUGGCAAAAAAGCAUAAAGGCUGGCUUUAACAAAGCUUAGUACCAGGCUCACAGGCCAGAAAAAGAAAGAAGGAGGGCGUAGCAAACCAGUUGGUGUUUUAAAGUGACUGUAGGAUCAUGAAUGCCUUCUAGCAGAUCAAACACUACACAAAAGCAGGGGUAGUGCUGCUUAUUGUCAAAAGCUUUUGAUUGAAACCUUUUCUCAAAGGUAGGAGACAGGUUCCCCUUCUCAACAGUAUGAGGUGACUCAAACCACAUCAGCUGCAGGCAGGCUCACUAGUGGCACUGGCAGCUGAGGAGGAAGAAGGUGGCAUUCUCAUUCCCUCCUGGAAAGACUGAGCCGUUCUGCAUGGAACGCUUCAGUGCUCACUGAGCAGAAACAAGAGAGUGGUUGAGGGGGUCAGGAUAUUGAACUAGGAGGGAGCCUCCCCAAAAAAACCAAAAUCUGUGUCUCUGUUCCAAAGGCUGCCCUUGAACCUGGAGCUUUUGAAAAGGGGACUUAUAAGAUGAAGUGUCUGUGUUCAUCCAUCCUUCCACCUCUCCUUCCCUGAUGAAUAACACUGAACACACCAACCAAUUUCAUCCAAACCUGACAAAGCAAUAGGGGUCUCCAGAGUAAGAAGUUUUUCCAGUUUAAUGAAAAGGAUGGCAAAGAAGGAGGAGCAAGACCUUAGCAGUGCUUCACUGUGUGGAAGAGUAGGGUGUGAACUCAUCUUCAUACAGCAUCAAAGAAUGAACACAAGAGGGAUGUCAGAAAUGCCACAACAACAAGCUUUCUUCAGACCUCAGAUUUUACUAGGCACCAAAGAAUCAAACUUUGACACAUCAGUCCAAAGGAAAAUAUUUAUUUACAGGGCUUCCAUGUAUUCUGCAUUACAGAAUUAUAAUGUGUAAAUUAAGCCUUCCUAAGUGAUCAUCUGGGAUCACUCAUCCUCAUGCUUUCUCUCUCUUACCUUUCUUCACAGUCAUUUUGUUUGGGUUUUAUUUUGUUGCUUUUGUUUUGUUUUUUUGGUUUUUUUUUUGUAAUGAAGAAGUGGAACAAUUUCAGUAGCAAAAUAAUGCACUCAGAAUCAUAAUGAUAGUUACAAUGCCUUGUCAGGAACAAAGAUGACUGAUCUUUGUACAUUUAACCAUAUUCAGUGUCAGCUGGAGAGAAGCCCUGUUUUGCUGAUGACAUGGCCAUAUAAGCAGUUGUGAUAACUCAAGCCCAGCAAUAGUAACAUAUGGCUUUGCACCAGCAGUAAGGUGGAGAGGGGGAAGAGCAGGGAAAACACCAACCCAUUCAUGAGCAGCACACAUAGACUGAGAAGGUGCACCCUCAGUUCUCCAGAUGAUCUCUCUGAUUUUAAAUCCAGUUCCUGACAAAUUUUCUGCUGUGUUCCCUAAGUUAGAUCCCAUCACCAGACUUACUGCUCUAUAGGGGUAUUGCUAAUGCAGUCAUUAGUAGAUCAAUAAAUUUGAUUAAGUGUGACUAAAAAGGAGCACGGAGCUUCAGCUGUAAUGCCUGGGGGGAUUUGUCUUGGAUUAAUAAACAUCCUGAGCAAAUGGUAGAAGAAAAAUAGAGAUUUUGAUUUGCUUAACUCACUUUUUUACUUUUGUGACACCCACUAGUGUGAUUUUUCAAAAACCAAACACUUAGUGAUUCUUUGUAAUGCGCCUGUAGAGUACACGUCACUGUAUUUAAACCUCAAACCACUUACAGCACACAGUAAUUACCACCAUGGGAGCAAUCUCUAAAGCCACAUUAAUGUGUUGAUCUGUGCCAACAGAAUGCCAAGUCAUGUGUCCCUGCUUGAAAUAUGCCACACAGAUUCUAAAAUAUGCUCUGCAUAUUCAGCAUUUCUGAUCAGAUGUGGAAGAGCAGGUCUUUAAAUGAAGUAAGCUACUGUCCUGCUGGGUUUCAGGUACUUGGCAUAAGCUGCAACAGUCAGGACAAUUUUCAGACCAAUUAUGUGUUCCCAUCACACAUCAGUGGCCAAUUUCACUGAGUUGCUUUGAAACACGUAGUUUGCUGGCGGGAGUUUUUGUGAGCUCAUCUUUUGAACUUGUUUUCAUUUAGGGGAAUGGUUUUCUCCCCUGUGUCAGUGUGAGUUAUCCUCUUUCUCUUAAUUUUGCUGGAGCCCUCUUGGGCAAAAUGAUAUGCAAUAUUUCUCAUUAUAUAUAUUAACUUCACUUUGAAUCUUGCUCCCUACACAUUGCUCUUACCUUGGCUUUUUUUUUUUUUCCUUAAAAUAUAACCAGGGUUAACUACUGUCAGGUGCAGAGCUAUCAGCUCUCAGGUAUGAAACACUCAGGUGUGAAUGGUUCUCCAAACAAAAAACCUCUCUUUGGGAUUUUAAAAAUAAAAAUACUGAUGUAUGAUUCUCUUCUGUUGCUUGGUGUGCAUUGUCUGUGGUACAUUCAUUUUUGUAUUAUCUGGUGAUAGUUGUAUAUAUUGUAAGGAGAAAUUAAACUUUAUAUGUUAAAAUGUCACUUGAUGUGCUUCAUUA